CCCUCCCUCCUCUUUUGCGUGAGAGCGCCAACCCACCACCGCCAAAAGCAUCCCACUAAACAAACCCAACCCAAAGGCAGAAAGAGAGCUCCGACCAACCAACACCAAUUAAAAGAUUGAAGGAAAGGGCAACCAAACCCUCCUCCGAUUCCCCUUCUCCUUCCCCUUCUUUAAUCCGAUCCAUGGUUGUGGCACCGGGAAGGCGCCCAUGUGGGGCUCCUCCAUCUCCCCUUUUCCCCUGUCGAUGUCUCUCCCCUAACACAGGCACCCUGGCACAAGCGGGAGGAGGAGAGGAGCGGAGAGCGUUGGCUCGAGGAACCGGUGAUGGCCAAGGAGACGGAGUACUACGACGUUCUUGGCCUCACCCCGUCGGCUUCCGAGGAGGAGAUUCGCAGAGCUUAUUAUCUCAAGGCAAGGCAGGUUCAUCCUGACAAGAACCCGGAUGAUCCUCAAGCUGCGGAGAAGUUUCAGGCACUUGGGGAAGCUUAUCAGGUCCUGAGUGAUCCGGUGCAGAGAAGAGCUUAUGAUGGUUUUGGCAAAGACGGCGUGUCGAGAGAAAAUAUGGUAGACGGCACUGCCAUCUUUACCCUUCUUUUUGGAAGUGAACUCUUUGAGGACUACAUAGGACACCUCGCUGUGGCAUCAAUGGCUUCAACUGAAUUAACAAGUGAAAAUGACAGUCCCGAGAAACUUCAAGAUAGGAUGAAGGCUGUGCAGAGAGAAAGGGAAGAAAAGCUUGCUAGGUUCUUGAAAGAUUUCCUUAAUCAAUAUGCUUCUGGUGACAAAGAAGGAUUCUUUCAUCAUGCAGAAGCUGAAGCAAAGAGGCUCGCCAACACAGCUUUUGGAGUUGAGAUUCUACAAACCAUUGGUUAUGUAUAUGCAAGGCAGGCUGCGAAAGAGCUAGGCAAAAAGGUAAUGUAUCUAGGUGUUCCUUUUGUUGCGGAAUGGGUGCGGAACAAGGGACAUUUCUGGAGAUCACAAAUCUCAGCAGCUAAAGGCGCUUUCCAGUUACUGCAGAUUCAAGAAGAUAUUUGCCGGCAACUCAACAAAGAUGGCACCAUUACAGAAAAGGAUGUUGAGUUACAUAUGCGAAUGAAUAAAGACUUAAUGGUCGAAUCGUUGUGGAAACUGAAUGUUGUAGAUAUUGAAGUGACACUUCUACAUGUAUGCCAAAUGGUUUUGCAAGAAAACAGUGUCAAGAAGGAGGAACUUAAGGCACGGGCAGUUGCUUUAAAAAUCCUUGGAAAAAUUUUCCAGGGUAGUUCCCUGAAGAAGGAAAAGUAUGCAUUACCUGCUCCUGCUUCAAAAGAAAAAAUAGUCCAAGAUGAUGACACUAGUUCCGAUUCUAGUUCAGUUGAGGAUUCACCACGGAGGCUUCCUUAUCGAACUCCAUUUCUUACACAGGGCAUUGGAAGACUCUUCAGAUGCCUAUGCAACCCAGCAUAUGACGUGGAUGAUGAUCCUGAACCCCCAAGCAAGUGAUGCUGAAACCCUCAAGUUAUGCUUGACUGUGGAAGAAUUAUGUUUUACUCCACUUCAACGUUGUGUAUAUCGGUGCAGGUCUUCCAUAAAACAUCUCCUUUCCAUUUUGUCAAUUUCAGCCAACUUUAGGACCCAUUCAAUCUAAACACUUAAAUUUAGAUCUCCUAGAAUGUUGGGAUUUAUGGAUUUUUUCUUUCUUUCUUUUAAAUACCCUUGAACAUAUCUCUGAAAAUACCAGCUCACUUUUUUUUUUGCUUGAUUGUCAUAUAGCCAAUGCAAGUAGAAAUGUACUGAAACAAAAGGGUUUUUGUGUAUGUCUAUCUCUUCAGUCAUUUAUUGGACA